AUGUCUUUAAGUUUAUCGCUUAUAUGUGUUGUUUUGGACUGUUUCACUGACCAUGGGCUCACGCCGUUUCUAUCAGGCAUUCUGUACGACGACACUUCGGUUCAUUCUAUGCAACGCAGACUCUGGAGCGAGUUCAAUAUCUGCUGUCCCGCAGUCUGGCAGAAGCAGAAGGAUUUGACUCGGGCUUCGAUGAAGGCGAAUAUUCCUCUUCCCGACCCAUGUCUGAGCAUUGCACAAAUAGAAAUAUUUGGUGAGGAGCUAAUUGCUAUCUGUGACAGGAUAGAAAAGCAUGGACUAGUGGACUAUGAGGUCGGGGUCUGGGAAGAAGAGAUUCUCUCUAUCGAUUCGAUACAGUUGCGGAUGCUUAUCCAGUUAGCUGAUCGAGAUUCCGCUGUCGGGGAGUCAUUUGCCAAACAAAAGCCACGCCGCAAAAUGUCCAAGCAUUUAUCUAUGUUUCAAUUAUGCAAUUAUACGUUGGCCAGGGAUAGGCUAAUUCCAAGCUUUCGGGAAUAUUUCGAAACAGAAGCGUUCCGAGGACUCCCCAAGGACGAGGUAUACGUCGAGAGCCCGCUCGACUCUGAUGCACUGGAGCGCUUGAAACCUUUGCUUUCACUGAUCUGUGACGGGCCGGUCCGCGUAAUACUUUCAAGGGUCAUGGGGAAGGCAAAACUGCACGCCCCCUUCUCAUGUCUCCACAUCCCAGUCCUGAUCUACGAGUCUUCAGUGCUCGAUGGAAAGCAUUUAGAGCUUGGGCGCGGCGUAUAUACGGACAGGGAUGUUGGUCUGACCGGGAAAUUGGUUCUAAUGACAGUUGUUCCCACGCGUGUUAAAGUCAUAUUCGAGUCUUCAGCGACUCCUUAGGUCGUGAGACAUAAAAUAAAUUCCGUGGAACCUACCAGCCAUCCUUAUCACUGUACUGAUGUAUGUUGUCUUCUGUGGAAAGGAAUAUGUCCCAAGGUACCUGGUAUCCUGCACCUAGAUUCGACAAGUGCCCCCGAUCUGACAAAUCAAUACUGGAUUCUUGAAUAUUUUCGGGGAAUCGUGCCGGAGAUGGGAAGGAUAACGAAUUAUUUGGACAGGAAAGUCCUCCUUGGUCUAGGCUGCUUCCAUCAUCGAACCCUUGGCCUG